AUGAUGAGAAACAAUCUCUCCAAAUCGCCACCUCCUAACAACAUGCAAUCAUCACGGAAUGAAGCAACAAUCAUCAAUGAUGACCUCGGAUCUGAGGAUGCACAAGAUACAUGCAUUAAUGACGGGCAGGUACCUGUGGAAACUAAAGAGGCCCAAAUUGGAAGAAUAAGGGCAACGUUUGGAAUACUUGACUGCAAUAAAGACAAAAAAUUAGAUGCCAAUGAUUUAUCAAAAGUUUUAAGGAAGCUGCGAGCACCAAAGGAAUAUUUAGACAGUGUGGAUGUCAUGAUUUGGGAGGUGUGUGACAAUAAUUCGAAAAACUAUCUUGUGGUGAGCGAUCUUGAGGAAAUUGUUCAGCGAGUAAAGGAAGAAAAGAAAACAUCAUUUAUACCUGACCGACUUGUAAAUAUUAUUGACUUUGUGAGUAAGGACAGAAAACUGACCGGUUAUAUUACUGCAAGUCAAUGCAUUCUAUUAUUACACAAUAGAUUUGGUGACAACUUGAAAAGCGUAAAAUUAAGAAACCUUUUUAUAAACUCUAGAACAGGAGAAGGAAACUCUAAGAUUUCAUUUAAAGAAUUUUUGUCACAAGUUAACAUCAGAAAGAGCUUAAAGUAA